AUGGCAUCCAAGAUGAAUCAGACUUCCACUAUGCAAUUCCUGCUUGUUGGCCUCUCCCACUACCCAAGUCUCCAGCCUCUAUUCUUUAUCAUUUUCCUAUUGAUCUACAUGAUGGCAUUAGCAGGAAACAUACUUAUAACUGUUGUUAUUAGUUCCGAUUCUGGUCUUCACACCCCAAUGUAUUUUUUUCUCAUUAAUCUUUCCAUAUUGGAUAUUUGCUGCACAACUGCUGCUAUCCCUAAGAUGCUCCAGAUACUGGCUGCAGAUCAGAAGGCAAUCUCGUACAGUGGCUGCAUUUCCCAAUUGUACCUCUUCACUGCUGCCUUGAGCACUGAACUGAUACUUCUGACCGUGAUGGCAUAUGACAGAUACAUUGCAAUCUGCUUCCCUUUACAUUACAAGACAAUAAUGAGCCGGGCAGCAUGCGUGUGUUUGGCUGGAGCAGCUUGGGUUUUGGGUUCAGUGAACUCAAUGACACACACAUGUCUUAUACUAAAACUCUCCUUCAGGGAACAAAACAUCAUUGACCAUUUUUUCUGUGAGAUUCCUCCAGUAUUAAAGUUGGCCAAUUCUGACACAUAUGUCAAUAACAUUGUUAUUGUGGCAUCGGAUGUGCUGCUGGGUAUGAUUUGUUUCAUGCUGACUGUUAUUUCAUAUACAUACAUCAUUUCAACAAUCAUGAAGAUACGUUCUGCGGAGAAGAAGAAGAAGGCUUUCUCUACCUGUGCCUCCCACCUCACUGUAGUGACUCUCUUCUAUGGCGGUGUCAUCUACACCUAUGUAAGGCCUGCCUUUAGCAACCACUUGGAAGCUGAUAAAGUUGUGUCUGCACUAUAUGCAAUUGCAUCUCCAGUAUUAAAUCCUAUUAUAUACAGCCUCAGAAACAAGGAGGUGAUUAAUGCCAUUAAUAAGACAUUUAUAAGAAAGACAUUGAUGCAAAAAUGA